AAAAGUACCAAAACCGCAUCUACGAUUUGUUUAUACAAUAUAUAACAGGAAAAUAUGAAUAUUGUGAAUUACACGUUCAAACAAAUACAGUUUUAGCGUCGUUGUUAUACUGUUCUAGUGAUAAACUGGAAUUUUAUUGAAUUAUGAAACCGAAUGCUGAAAUGACCAUGUGUAUCUUAGUUCUGGUUUUGCUUGUUGUUCACGAAAGUGUCAGCACAACAGAAGUUUGGUUUCCUGUGUUUAUAGCAUUUUCCGGAAAUGGAAAGCCCGUUCUUGAAGCAUGGAACAACCAGGCAUUGUGUAACGAUCUACCAACAUCGUUCGUUACUCAGGGCACAAGCCGCCAUUUAAGAAAUAGAAUUAUCGAUAAUUGGGGUACUGCAAAUAUAAAGACGGUGAAAAUAGAAUUUUUCAAGAAUAAUCAUGUUGUUGCAUGGAUGUCCUUUAAUGGCAGACAUACAGAUAAGAUGAACUGGUUUAGUAGAGCAAAUCUAGCAGACAGUAGUUUUAAUGACUUGGAAUCCUGCAGUACAUUUAACUUCUUUUCAAUAACUGGAAAUUCACGGCGCAAGUUUUUUGUAAAUAAAAGUUAUCAUGGAUGUCCAGGAGAUGAUGGAUGGUUUGUUGUUAUUGAUCAAACUCCUUCUUGUCCAUGGGAAAAGAAAGGAACCAUUCCACUUUUCCUGUACACCAAAAACUUCACACCUAGAAACUGGACCAAUGAUAUGGCUGUUCCAGCAGAUACCAUGAUUAUAUCUGUUCUUUGUAUUGUAUAAAGUGCAAAAAGAGACAGAGAAGAAGGAUCAGGAAAAUCUAUUGACAUAAUAUGUAGCAAUAUUUUAAUUGUAACUUGAUAUUCAGGUGGUACCAAACAUCUUGGUUAAAUUGAUUUGGCUCGUUUCAUUUUCGUUAAAUAACAAACUAUUAACUUUGGCCCUUUGACAGAAAUAUAAAAAUGUAAAACACAUGUUAUCGAGAAAAAAUAAAUAUUAUUGGAUAUACAGCAGUUUGACUAUCACUAAUGUUUAGCUGCUUGAUAUUGUCUUUACAAAAGAACGGGAUUAAAACUUUCAGAUUUUUGCUUAGUUAUCUCCCUUGUGUAAUAUGUAUGAAGCAUUCUUAUACAUAAACUUGAAAUUCAGUAUAAUAGUUUAAAUAUCUUUGCGAACUCUGUAGUUUGCACUUUUGAAUGUAUACAUGGGCAUAUCAAACUAAGAGUUUCGAGUGCUGAAGUUGAAAUCAUCCCCAUCGCGAUGUGUUUGACCGUUGUAGAAUAUCCCUUUCACAGAUUGUAGUGGAUAUGUUCCUAAUGUCGUAACAACAAGCCCGUCCCUUUUCACAAAUGUUACUCACCGAAUUAGACUUAUUACAAGGUUUUUACUAACAUUGCUGUUCUCUUUAAAUAAAAUAUCCUUGCAUCUUCCUUUA